AUGUCAAGCGGGAGUUGUCCCGGCCCGGGGGUUUGUGGUGGGGCACGAAGACGCCCACCACCCCCACCGGAACCUGCACUAUCCCUUGCUGCGGAUCUGAGUGAGCUGAGCCUAGAUCAGGGUUAUCAUACGCUUGCAGACUGCGGUCCGCCGAGAAGAAGGAGAGAUAACACGCUUAGUGAUGCACUUUGGUUGAAGAUCCUUUCUUAUUUAGAGAUAUCGGACCUGUGUCGCAUGUCACGGGUGUGUCGACGCUGGGCGAGGUUCGUGUCGCGUCUGAGCGCGCGCCCGGAGCCGUGGCGGCGCGUGCGUGCGGCCGGCCCGCUGGAGGUGGCCGCGCGCUGCGCAGGCGCACGGGCCGGGCCAUGUGUCAACGCGGUCAGGGAAUGGCGGAUCAAGAAUUGCGCGGUAACAGUGGCUGGUGCGCAACUGCUAGCAGCAACCUUUAGGCACCUCACUCACCUAGCGAUCACUGGCUCAACUAGCAUGGAUGCUAGAGCCCUGGCCCCAAUUGUUACUGAUCUUGUGGAUUUGAGGCAUAUCGACCUUACUGGUUGUUCAAACGUAGACUGGCCAGAAUGGUCUUGGUUGGAGAGCCGGUUAGCCGCCCGUAGACCACCCGUCGAGUACAUAGAUCUGACAGACUGUAGCUCAGUGACAGACGCGGGGCUGUGCGCUUUGCUCCAUACCUGCCCUUCAUUGCAAUAUCUCUACCUUCGACGGUGCACUCUAGUCACAGACGCUGGCGUGAGAUGGAUACCCUCAUACUGCGCGCUAAAGGAAUUAAGUGUAUCUGACUGUACCGGGGUAACGGACUUCGGUUUGUAUGAGUUGGCGAAGCUGGGACCUGCGUUGCGAUAUCUUUCAGUAGCGAAAUGCUCCCAGGUGUCCGACUCCGGUAUUCGAACUUUGACCCGUCGCUGCUACAAGCUGCGUUACCUUAAUGCGCGAGGGUGCGGGGCGGUGGGGGAUGACGGGGUGGAAGCAAUCGCGCGAGGAUGCUCUAGACUCAGGGCUUUGGAUUUGGGAGCUACUGAUGUUUCUGAAGCUGGACUACAGAUCCUCGCUCGAUGUUGUCCAAAUUUAAAGAAGCUCGCCCUUCGUGGCUGUGAACUGAUAGGCGAUGAUGGUCUUGAGGCAGUCGCAUAUUAUUGCAGAGGUUUAACGCAGCUCAAUAUUCAGGACACUCCAGUUACACUACGCGGUUAUAAAGCCGUCAAGAAGUACUGCAAGAGAUGUGUUAUUGAACAUACGAAUCCUGGAUUUUGUUGA